CCGGACUGUGCGCCGCAGGCUCCGGCACCGCCUUCGAGGUUUCCGGACGUCCCUGGACCUGCCGGGGUCGGGAGCAGGGACGGAGCGAGUCGGAGCUUGGACGGGCGCGGAGGCGUGGGAGCCGCCGAACUCGGGCAGUAGCACCUUGGGCUGACUGUGACAGAGCAAGAAGAUGGCCAAGAUUAGCACCCAAUACUCUCACUCCUCCCUAAGCCACCCUCAUGUAAGGAGCAAGGACAGAGAUCUUGAUCACCUUGAAAAUGGCCUUGGCAGGACCCACCGGCCGCAUGAGGAGACAUCAGCAGAGCCACAGCAAGGAAUCGCCAUGGAGAUGAGAGGGCUGGCCGGAUCCAGAGAAAGCCCCUUCUCUGGCCCAGGGCCUGCCAGGCUGUCUCGCUUCAUCAUCUCCAUGCGUGCGUGGGCUGCUCGGCAUUUGCACCAGGAGGACCAGAGACCCGACUCCUUUCUAGACCACUUUCGGGGAGGCGAGCUCAAGGAGGUGUCCAGCCAAGAAAAUAGUGACCAACCAAACGUGGGCAGCCAUGAGCCCCCCGACAGAGAGAGAAGUGACUGGCCCCUGGCCAGGGUCAAUAUCAACGCCAACAACAACUCGGAGAAGGAUGACAAGGAGAGAAAGGAGGAGAGAGAGAAAAAGGAAGAUGAGAAAAAGAAAAACUGCCCCAAACCAGAGGAGAAGGCUGCCAUGGUGCUGGAUCCCUCAAGUGACAUGUACUACCACUGGCUCACCAUCCUCGCCAUGCCUGUCUUCUACAAUUGGUGUCUGCUGGUGUGCAGGGCCUGCUUUGAUGAGCUACAGUCUGAACACCUGGUGCUGUGGCUGGUCCUAGACUAUAUGGCAGACAGCCUCUACAUCCUGGAUAUGCUGGUGCGAGGCCGGACAGGCUUUCUGGAGCAGGGCCUGAUGGUCAAGGAUACAAAGAGGCUGUGGAAGCAUUACAUCAAGACCGUGCAUUUCAAGCUAGAUGUGCUGUCCCUGGUUCCCACGGACCUGGCUUAUUUAAAGCUGGGAAUGAAUUUCCCAGAACUAAGGUUCAACCGUCUACUGAGAUUCCCCCGGCUCUUUGAAUUCUUUGACAGGACAGAGACAAGGACCAACUAUCCCAAUAUGUUCAGAAUUGGGAACUUGGUGUUGUAUAUUCUCAUCAUCAUCCACUGGAAUGCCUGCAUCUACUUUGCCAUUUCCAAGUCCAUUGGUUUUGGGACAGAUUCCUGGGUUUAUCCAAAUGUCUCGAACCCAGAGUAUGGGCGCCUCUCCAGGAAGUAUAUUUACAGUCUCUACUGGUCCACCUUGACCCUGACCACCAUUGGGGAGACUCCACCCCCUGUGAAAGAUGAGGAGUAUCUCUUCGUCGUCAUCGACUUCCUGGUGGGCGUUCUUAUCUUUGCCACCAUCGUGGGCAAUGUGGGCUCCAUGAUCUCCAACAUGAACGCUUCCCGGGCUGAGUUCCAGGCCAAGAUCGACUCCAUCAAACAGUACAUGCAGUUCCGCAAGGUGACAAAGGACUUAGAAACACGGGUCAUCCGCUGGUUUGACUACCUGUGGGCCAACAGGAAGACGGUAGAUGAGAAGGAGGUGCUCAAGAACCUUCCAGACAAGCUGAAGGCUGAGAUCGCCAUCAACGUUCACCUGGACACACUGAGAAAGGUGCGGAUCUUCCAGGACUGUGAGGCAGGGCUGCUGGUAGAGCUUGUGCUGAAGUUGCGACCCGCUGUGUUCAGCCCUGGGGAUUACAUCUGCAAGAAGGGGGACAUUGGACGGGAGAUGUACAUCAUCAAGGAGGGCAAGCUGGCUGUGGUGGCUGAUGAUGGCAUCACUCAGUUUGUGGUGCUCAGUGAUGGGAGCUACUUUGGGGAGAUCAGCAUCUUAAACAUCAAAGGGAGCAAGUCGGGGAACCGCAGGACAGCUAACAUCAGGAGCAUUGGCUACUCAGACCUGUUCUGCCUCUCCAAGGAUGACCUGAUGGAGGCUCUCACUGAGUACCCUGAAGCCAAGAAGGCCCUGGAGGAAAAAGGACGGCAGAUCCUGAUGAAGGACAAUCUGAUCGAUGAAGAACUGGCCAGAGCUGGCGAGGACCCCCAGAACAUCGAGGAGAAAGUGGAGCAUCUGGAAUCCUCCCUAGAUAUCCUGCAGACCAGGUUUGCACGGCUCCUGGCUGAAUACAAUGCCUCACAGAUGAAACUGAAGCAACGUCUCAGCCAUCUGGAAAUGCAGGUGAAGACAGGUGGGAGGGAGCUUCAGUCCAAUGGGGAGGCGCCUGCUGCGGAAACAGAGACUGCAGAACAAUGAAAAGGCGCAUCUGUUUCACCAGGGCAAGGUCAGCCUGCACAAUGCCAUGAGCUGAGGCCAAACAGCCCAAGACUUGGUCAGGCUCCCAGCUCUCCUCACCUUUUGCAAGAUGUGUGGCCUAUGGAGAAAUGGUUUCCUCUUUUAGAAAGCAGGACUCAAUAUCGCUCCCAGAUAAGUGACAAGUUAUGUGGGGUUUGUGUGAAAGUGUGGAUGUAGCCAGGCAUGGUUAAAUGAGGUGCUCCCCCAAGUAUGUGCAAGUGUAGGCACAGAACACUUUUAGGCAUGAGGAAUUUUUUAAUUUGGGUUUUAUUUUCUCACAGGAAGGCAAUGUAGCACCACCACCCCCUUCCCCCCACACCUCAUCCAACACCUACUGAUAAGGGAAAUAUAACAGAAGUUGAAAAUAUGACCUGGUAAUUCAAAUUCAGCCUUACAUGACAGAUUCUGGGAAGAGUUUUGACUCUGGUAUCUCUUCAUAUGUUUAUCCAAGCCUGAGCCCCCAUGGCCUUUGGAAACUCUUUGGAGUCACUUCAGAUCUGUGGGGCAAAUCCAGAACUCCCUGGUGUCUGCUGCCAUGAGACAGGCCUCUGCCCUCACUGGAGGGAUUCAGGGGCCUCUAUGUCCAAGUCUUAGGCAGUCCCUCUCAAUGUGGGUGGAGGACGAGAGCUUGUUCAGGGAAACCGUUGCAAGCUGGAUGUUGGGAUGAGGUCCUAAGCCAAGCAAAGCCCACAAGUACUUGUUGAAAGUGAGACCCUUAGACCCUAACUUUUUGUGAAUAGCCUCUUCACCCCAGAAAUGAAGGGACUUUCACUGUCUCUUACAAUGGUCUCUUGAAUCUAGAGAGCUUAGCUAGUCAUUAAAGUAUGCCAAGGGUACAACCUAGAUUUCUUCCAACCUAGUAAAUAGAACCCCAUUAAUAUUUACAAGGUGUUUGUAUAUUCACUUUCCUUGACUGUGAGAAGUGACCAGGGUGAUCCAGUUUUUGCUACACUGUAUUAUGAAUCACCCAAAGAAAAGUCACUCUCCAACAUACAGAUUUUCCUUCUUCUCAGUUUUCCUUCUUUCCCUCUUCUCUUUUCUGCAUUCUCCUUCCCUGUCUGUCCUCCUUCCCCUCUUUCUUCUUCUGUCUCCUUCUCUGACAAAACGCUCGCCUGGGUGUUGCCAGUUUGGACAUGUCUGUGACCUCAUGUUAAAGUCCUUUAGCUAUGUGACUGGACCCUAAUGUAGUUGAUACAACAGGUGCUGCAUUUUUGUCUAAGGAUGUUGCAUUUAUAUGGGUUCUUUCUGUUUAUUCUGAAUCGCUUCGCCAUUUUAACUUUUUAAAAUGAAUUUAAAGGGUCUAUUAGAGGAAGAAAUUAUCUAA